AUAAAUAGGAAGAGCAACAGUUGCAGUGAGCAUUCAACCCACUCUGCAGAGCUUCGAAACUACUGAGAAGAGGACACUCUCAAAUAUUCUGCAGAUAUGGCCAAGGUUUUCAAGAAGACCAGCAAAAGUGGAGCGCUGACCCUCUACCUGGGAAAACGAGACUAUGUAGAUCACGUGACAUCGGUGGACAAAGUCGAUGGUGUUGUGAAGCUGGAUCCAGCUGAGUUUGGAGAUAAAAAAGUGUUUGUGCAGUUGGCAUGUGCCUUCCGUUACGGCAGCGAUGACCUGGAUGUGAUCGGUCUGGGCUUCAGGAAGGACAUCUGGAUCCACUUUGUCCAAAUUUACCCUCAAGCCAACAAACCUGCUCUGAGCCCAAUGCAUGAGACUCUGCUGGCGAAGGCUGGAGACAGCGCAUACCCUUUCUCUUUUGAAAUACCCAACAACCUGCCAUGCUCAGUGUGUCUGCAGCCUGGACCUGAUGACAAGGGAAAGGCUUGUGGCGUUGACUUUGAGGUCAAGACUUACCUCGCCAUGGAACAGAACAACCCUGAUGAGAAGAUCGAUAAGAAGGACACUGCUCGCCUUGUCAUUCGUAAAAUCCAGUAUGCCCCCUCGCAGGUGUCUGCAGGACCCAAGGCUGAUAUCUGCAAAAGCUUCAUGAUGUCUGACAAGCCUGUUCAUCUAGAGGCCUCCCUGGAAAAAGAUCUUUACUUCCAUGGUGAGACAAUCCCUGUCAAAAUUAAGAUCAAGAACGACAGCAACAAAACAGUCAAGAAACUCAAAAUCACCGUGGACCAAACUACAGACAUCGUCCUCUACUCCGCAGACAAAUACACCAAGACUGUUCUUACCCAGGAGUUUGGUGAGACAGUGGAGCCCAACAGCAGCUUUGAGAACACUCUGAACAUCACACCCCUCCUGAGUGAGAACAAGGAGAAACGAGGACUGGCACUGGACGGACGCCUUAAAGAUGAGGACACCAACUUGGCCUCCACCACUAUGCUGCGCAACGUGGAAAAAGAUGUGUUGGGAAUCUUGGUUUCCUACAAGAUAAAGGUUAACCUCAUGGUGGCAGGAGGAGGUCUGCUGGGUGGCCUCACCGCCAGUGAUGUGACAGUGGAGCUGCCAUUGAUGCUUAUGCACCCCAAGCCUGAAGAGUAAAUACUGUGUAUCAAUUGUUGUGAAAGGAAACUCCCCCAUAGCCGAGAGCGAGUAUUCCACCACGAAGGUUGAAAGGAAAAACACAGUAAACCAGGAAGACAACAAGAGGGUGGAAACAAUAAGGACACAAAAACAAUGAAGAAAAAGGAUAUGACCGAUUAACAACAACAAAACAACUGAAGGAAAUGACUUUUUCAACACUUGAAACAUAUAUUUACCAAUGUAAUAUCCUCUCUCAGAUUUUGUUUUCUCUGUUAAUGUAAUUUAGAAGUAGAAAGACACUUUGGACUUUUCACCUCAUGUUAGAAUAUGAAUGAGGUCAGGCAGAUAAUCAGCUGUUGAAACUGCUGCACAGAAUCUAUUCUCUUAAAUUUGUUGCUUUUCUCUUUCUGUCUUGUGAAAUGAACCAGUUCAUGUUUUUUGACUGACUCAGUCAACACAAUAAAGUAAAAAUUAAGUUA